CACAAAUAUGUUAUAUACAUAGUCCAGAUUAUAUCAAAUUAUGUAACACUCUUGAAAAAGUAGAAGGACGGGCGAGUCUUGUCCACCAUUUGAUAAGUGCCUAUGGUUUACUCGAUGACAUGAAGCUUAUUGUUCCUAAACCAGCGAGUGAGCAAGAGUUGAACAAAUUCCACUCUGAGCAGUAUAUUGACUGCAUCAAGGUGCUAUCGCAGGAAGAUGAUUCAGAGAAACAUGAUAGAACUGCUGAAAAGUUUGGACUUUGUUAUGACUGUCCUGCCUGGCCUGGUGUUUAUGAGUACGCGUCCAUGAUUGCUGGUGCCACGCUUGCUGCUGCUGCCAAGUUGGUGAAUGAGGAGUGUGACAUAGCUAUCAACUGGCAUGGAGGAUGGCAUCAUGCUAAAAGAGAUGAAGCAGCUGGCUUCUGUUAUUUCAACGAUAUUGUCCUUGGAAUUCUGAAGCUGAGAGAAAGAUAUGAACGCGUGUUUUACAUCGACCUUGACCUUCACCAUGGAGAUGGUGUUGAAGAUGCAUUUUGUGCAACGCCAAAAGUGAUGACGCUCUCUAUGCACAAGUUUUCACCUGGAUUUUUCCCUGGUACUGGAGCAUUAGAAGACAUUGGUUAUGGUAAGGGAAAGUUUUACACAGUGAACGUACCUCUGAGAGAAGGCAUGCAGGACAAGUCAUUUGUCAGGAUAUUCAAGAGGCUGGCUUCAAAGAUUAAAGAACAAUUCAACCCGAAGGCUGUGGUGUGUCAGUGUGGUGCUGAUGGUCUCCAUGGCGACCCUCAUGAAUCUUUCAACCUCAGUCACCUCUCACUCGGUGAAUGUGUCAAGACCAUUCUUGACUGGAACCUCCCUACUUUAUUGCUUGGAGGUGGUGGGUAUAAUCUUCCGAACACAGCCAAGUGCUGGACGUACCUAACAGGGAUUGUGCAGAAGAAGACGUUAGACACCGACAUCCCUGAGCAUGUUUACUUCACAAAGUAUGGUCCUGAUUAUGAGCUUGCUGUCAGCACAGGUUACAGACAGGACGAAAACACCGAGGAAUACAUUGAAGAGAUGCUGGCUGAAAUACUUGACAACCUGGAUGAAGUCAUGAUCUAAACCCCUUGGUCAAGACAGCAUCAAAGUUUGGCUGUGAUGGAGGAAGCAAUCUAUCGAUGGAUAUACUUGACUGUAUUUCUCCUGCACGAUACAUUUAACAAACGCUGUGAACAUGUCAUCUCACCCUUGGCGAUUGGAGUCACAAAUCAAAACAAAGAGUGUUGCUGCUUUGUUUGGUCACAGAUGUACCAUAAAAGUUCACGUUGAUUUAUUUCCUUGCAUGAAUGGAGAACUUCUUGCAUAUUAUGCAAAUGCAUGAAAUUAAUGUUGUUUUUGAAAAAAAUUUGUUGGUGUUGGAAAAGUUUUGUAAAUUUGUAAAUACCGUUGUCAUGCAUUGCUAAAAUGAUUCUGUGCUAAGGGAAUGUCAUAACAAUUGUUAAUAUUGGACACCACUCUACAGCUCCUCUCAUUAUGUUUUCAUGAACACUUAUGUGCUACGUUUUCAUGAUUGUAUUCGU